CGAGACAUCACUGAAGCAGAAACGUCUCCGAGCAGCUUCACAAGACCGCUGUCGACGGAGUGUGGCGUGUCGUAACGUUAGACAGUGUUUUGAAAAACUGCGACUCACACCGGUUUUGCAGUUGUUGGAAGACGCAUGAAAUGUGACGUCAUCUCCUGCCGCCUCCACGACUAACCGAUUCAAAGCUGUUGGCGGUGUAACUAGCUGACUGCUGUGUUUACUUCAAUGGCUCCUCUCAAAUUUGCCAUUAAGUGUGGGAACUUUGCCGUGCUGGUGGAUCUCCAUGUUUUGCCCCUGGGCGCCCAAGAGGACGCCGGCUGGUUUACCGCAAACCAUAUUCAGGAGGUUACUGCCCUGGUUCGAGGGGCUGUGGACCAGAGGGUUAAGCAGUACACGGACUCCCUCCACCAUGGAAGACAGCCCAAACAGAAGAAGGAGCUGACACCUGCUUCAGCCUUUUAUGUGAAAGGGAGACACUUCAACCUGGUGGCCAAUUUUCUGAAGCGGCAUUUCAACCUCAGAUGUGUAGACAAGCGGCUCUAUGGGGAUUUGCGUGUGUUUCCUGAACGCUAUGUUGUGUGUGCGAGCUGUCCAGAGGAUGCCGCGGCGCACCAUGGAAACCUGAGCAUGGCCGUGACUCAACUGAGCGAACAAAGCCGAUCAGAAUAUUUUUCCAGAGUGGGAGAAACCCAAGAGCCUUUAAACAGCCCCACAAAAACAAAGAAGACUGUGCUUCAAAAGAUAGUCCAGCAAGCGCUUUAUGGUCCCCGUGUAGGGGAACAGAAGAUUGACCCAAGAGCUUGUCCUAAAAACCAAAGAGGGGAACUUGAAGCUGCAGAAUCAGAACCGAGCCCAAAAGAGACUGCAUCCAGCUCUGGACAGAAGGCCCUCCCAGAGGCAGACCACACGAUGCCUUGUCCCAGUGCCUUAAAGGAAGCUCUGGUUGGGAAUACUCAAAAGCAGGGCCUGACCCAGAUGCAGCAGACUGUGAACAGUCCUCCAGACAGCAUCAACCCAAAUGGGGCCUCAGGAGCUUUCUGUCCACAUGAAACCAGCCAGGAGACGAGAAAGAGCAAGAGGUGCAAGCCAAGCGAUGCCGCAGAAGACCCUCGCCCACAGAGGGCCAAGAGGACGUGUCUUGGAAGACCUCCAGCCACAAUGCAAACUCACUCCACAGUGAGCUCCACACAAACAUCCACGCAUGACCUUGUUCCUCUUCCUCUCGUCGAAGCUGAGGCUUUCCCAGUCACCGGGCGCAAGAAAACCACACUGGAAGUGGAGCUGCUUACUCCAGAAAAACCGGCCCAGAGGCUCCCCCUCACAAGCAAUAACACGGCACAGACAAACCAAAACAGGCUGGCCGCAAGUCUGAGGGGCCUAUCUGUCAGGCCUGCAUCCUCAGGCUCCUCUAUUAGUUCCAGAUCCACACUCAAAGAGGAAGGGAGUGAAAAUGUGCCCAGAACCUCGAGAUUACGCCGAAUGAAGAGGUCCUGAGGGGGAGAGACGAGCGACAGUGAAGAUGCCUGACGCCACAGAGAUGAUAUUGUGUCAGGCUACAUGUAUACGUGUCACAUUUUAUUACAACUUCUGCUCCUUUCACAUGUGCUCUACAUUCAGUGCACACGCAGAUCAAAUGCUGAACCCAUUAUGGCAAUUGAUACUGGAGCGUUCGAGUUACGCGUUGUCAAAUUCUUGAAACCGACUUCGCCUCCACCCUUAAGUAGCGGCGGUCAAGAGAGGCUCGCAAAAUGAAAGUGGAGAAACCUUUAAUUGGAGUUUUAGAUUUGGUUUUGUGUUGGAGAUUGGGGAUUUCAGACCGGCAGGAGCCACGCAGUACGUCAUGGCUCCGACGUGUCUGAAAACUGUCCAGUUUCCCUGCUGAAGCUCUGCGGUGAUUGAUUACCGUUUCCAGAUUUAUUUCAUCACCUCACUCAAAAAUGUACUUAUGUCGUUGGAUUUCAUUCACAUACAAUUUGCUUAAUACUUAGUUGCUAAGCACCUGAAAUGUAUCUUUAAAUGUAAGGGUGUUAUGACGCUUGUUUGAUUGAACUUGGACCCAACAUAUGUGGAUGAAUGUUUGGAUCACUGACUGGGCCCUGGCCCAGAUGGAGCCUGGGGCGGUCAGGCACUCAGACCCCCAUGUAAAGCCAAAGAUGUUCCACUUGAUGACAUAAUGUAGCCCGGAUAUACAAGUCCCGAUUUAAUUUGACUUGUCAUUUUAUGAUACGUUUUUUUUCCAAACAAUAAAGAAAUCUCUGAAUCUUU